AUGAUUCAGAUGGCGAUGGCAACCAAUUUUGUUACUCUGGGUGAACUCUGGUCCAGCCACGUUGAAAUGGAGGAAGAAGAUGAAGCGAUAUUUUCCAGAAUCAAGGUCUUAAUAGAGAACCAUCUGCCAGACGGCUGGAGAGACUGGAAGGUGAUUGACUGGAAGAAAGAAGAUCUAUUUGGGAAAAAGAUAGACCACAAAGUAUUGAACAAAAUUCGCUUCGCCCUCCCCACAUUGGAACUGGUGAAAGCAUUCUACCCAGAAGCAACAUCGGUGGGAGAGAAAACCUACCGAAAUAUAAAAUUGAGGCUUCUCGACUGGAACCUCUGUAGAGCAUUGAUCAUGAGCCCACGGCAGGUAGCGUGUCAGUUACGAGGAUCUAUGGCUCAAGCGGAGCUCUUUAAUAAGGCGGUGGAACCACUUAAACAUACUAUGCGUUCCAGAGAGCUGACGUCGGAGGCCCUUUCAACGGACGGGGAGUCUAAUUAUACGUCCCGAAGUAAAAGGAGACGGUGUCAAUCGUCCAGCUCAGACGACGAGUACCCGGUCAGAACCGAGAAACCAAUGAAGAGGAGGCGGCGAGUAUUGUCUUAG